AGAAUUGUAGGCAAACAAUAUAAACUGCAUGAAAGCCCUUAAACCCUAACUUAUUAUCUAUCUCAUUCACUCAUUUCCUAAACCCUCAGAAACCGCUGAAAAACUCGAACCCCACCCAAAGACACUGCCCAUUUAUCGGUUAAUUUGAUUAUUUUGAAGCUAAAAAGAGGUGGGAUUUUUUUUCUUCGAGCCUUUGAUUCAAUGGCUCUUUAUUUCUUGUACGAAUCAUCUUCUGGGUAUGCGCUAUUCCAAGCUCAAGGGCUCGAUGAAAUCGGUCAAAACACAGAGGCUGUUAGGAACUCGGUUGCUGAUCUGAACCGGUUCGGUAAGGUGGUUCAACUCACUGCUUUUCAGCCUUUUGAAUCCGCCAUUGAUGGUCUCAACCAAUGCAACUCUGUUUCUGAAGGGCUAAUGACCAAUGAGUUAAGGAGUUUUCUUGAGCUUAAUCUCCCUAAAGUUAAGGAAGGCAAGAAAUCCAAGUUCAGUCUUGGAGUUGCAGAGCCUAAGCUUGGUUCUCACAUCUCCGAAACAACGAAAAUUACAUGCCAAAGUGGAGAGUUUGUGCUUGAGCUUCUUCGUGGUGUGCGGUUGCAUUUUGAUAAGUUUAUCAAGGACCUAAAGCCCGGGGACUUAGAAAAAGCUCAGCUCGGUCUGGCGCACAGUUACAGCCGAGCAAAAGUUAAGUUCAAUGUCAAUCGAGUGGACAAUAUGGUUAUUCAAGCGAUUUUCCUUCUCGAUACUCUUGAUAAGGAUAUCAAUUCCUUUUCCAUGAGAGUGAGGGAAUGGUACUCUUGGCAUUUCCCCGAGUUGGUAAAGAUUGUCAACGACAAUUAUCUUUAUGCUAGAGUUGCGAAGCUUAUAGAGGAUAAGUCAAAGUUGUCUGAAGAACACAUACCUGCCUUAACCGAAAUACUUGGGGAUGAGGACAAAGCAAAAGAAACCGUUGAAGCUGGCAAAGCAUCAAUGGGGCAGGAUUUGACCCCGGUUGAUUUGAUCAAUGUUCAGCUAUUUGCUCAGAGAGUAAUGGAUCUUGCUGAGUAUCGAAAGAAUCUUUAUGAUUACUUAGUGACUAAGAUGAACGACAUUGCACCAAAUUUGGCAUCGUUGAUUGGGGAAGUUGUUGGGGCUCGGUUGAUCUCUCAUGCUGGUAGUCUCACAAAUUUGGCAAAAUGUCCCUCUUCCACUCUUCAGAUUCUUGGUGCUGAGAAGGCCCUUUUCAGGGCACUGAAAACACGAGGGAACACACCUAAGUAUGGUCUAAUUUUCCAUUCAUCUUUCAUUGGUCGAGCAUCUGCUAAAAACAAGGGCCGAAUGGCACGCUAUCUUGCAAAUAAGUGUUCCAUUGCUUCUCGCAUAGAUUGUUUUGCGGAGCGAGGCACCACUGUUUUUGGGGAGAAACUACGGGAACAAGUGGAGGAAAGACUCGAGUUCUAUGACAAGGGUGUUGCACCUAGAAAAAACAUUGAUGUGAUGAAGUCCGCAAUUGAAACUACUCAAAACAAAGAUGUGGAAAUGGAAGAAGCACAACCAGUUGAAGCUUCGGCAAAGAAAAGCAAGAAGAAGAAAUCGAAACCCGAAGAUGCCCCAGCCAAGGCUGCAAAUGGAGAUGCUUUGGAGGAUGCUAAAUCAGAAAAGAAAAAAGAUAAAAGAAAGAAGGAGCAGGGUCACGGAGCUGAGGAAAUGGACGGCAUUAACGGGGAUGUCGCCGAACAAGAUGGAACAGCCAAGAAGAAGAAAAAAAAGAGCAAAGAUGAAGUAGCUGCUGCAAGUAAAACUAUAAAGAAAAGGAAGUCCAAGGAGUGAAUUCAUCACUAUUAUGCUCAAUUUUGUGUAGUGGCAUAUUAAUAAUUAAUUUUGAAGUAUUGUUGUAGGAAUAUUGUCUAGAUAACUUUGUCACUAGAACAAAUAUUUAGGUUUCCGGAAAUUUUGGCAUUUGUAGGUGAAAAUAUUGGAUCCGGAUGUGAAAAUGUCGAAUCCGGAUAUGCACGGAUGAAAAGGGAAAAGAGCAUGGUAGUUAGUACCGUUUCAAUCUUCAACUGAUAUUCGGGGUUUGGAUGAUAAUCUGUGUUUCGGUUAUUUCGGUUAAUCUUUUAAAAAGAAUGUAGCUUAUGCAUAGCUUGUAAAAUGAUAAUUGAUGCCAAUUUUGUUCUUAAUGUGCGUAAAUGUUAUGUGA